AUGUCUACCAACAUCACCUUCCACGCCAGCGCCUUGACCCGCAGUGAGCGUACCGAGCUGCGCAACCAGCAAGGUCUCACAAUCUGGCUUACCGGUCUCUCCGCCUCCGGCAAGUCCACACUCGCCGUCGAGCUUGAGCACCAGCUCGUUCGCGACCGUGGCAUUCACGCCUACCGUCUGGACGGCGAUAACAUCCGUUUCGGACUGAACAAGGACCUUGGAUUCAGCGAGGCCGACCGUAACGAGAACAUCCGCCGCAUUGCCGAGGUCGCUAAGCUGUUCGCUGACUCUAAUUCUGUCGCUAUCACUUCCUUCAUCUCUCCCUACCGGAAAGAUCGUGACACUGCCCGCCAACUGCAUGAGGUUGCCACUCCCGGCGAGACCACUGGUCUGCCUUUCGUCGAGGUCUAUGUUGAUGUCCCCGUUGAGAUCGCUGAGCAGCGUGACCCUAAAGGCCUUUACAAGAAGGCUCGUGAGGGCAUUAUCAAGGAGUUCACUGGUAUCUCUGCUCCUUAUGAGGCCCCGAUCAACCCCGAGGUUCACGUUAAGAACUAUGAGCUCCCCGUCCAGGAUGCCGUUAAGCAGAUUAUUGAUUACCUUGACUCCAAGGGUUACUUGCCCGCCAAGAAGGAGUAA